UGAUCAGUCAGCUGAAGAACACGAGGCAGGACGGGAUUCCUCACAUGCAGCCCCUACACCAAGCACGAAUUUGAGCUUGAUGGGAAAUACCCAAGCGUCUACCACUGCAACCGUAACCCCAUUGCUCGUUCCGAGUUCUUCCGAGGAUGACGCCUUGGUGACCCACCCCCUGAGUUCAAUUAAGAUGCCACUCUUUGCAAAGCCUCAUGGACGGCCAAAGGGAGUCGACAUGGUGGUCAUUGGGCUGCCCAAGAAGAAGGCACGCAAGGCUGCCAUGGAAAGCAAGGCAGCACGAGGAAAAAGCAGCACGCCUGUGGCAUUCGCCAAGCUGCCAGCACAUAUGAUGCAGCACAAAAUGCUAAUGUGGUUUGUGGAUGAAAAGGACGCCACCUAUGCUUUACAGCACAACACUCUGCUUGAUGAAACUAAGGUGGAGGUCCUUUCCUGCCGUAUCCCAGACGCUGCCCUUGACGAGACUGUCGACCUGGACAUCAUCAAGGACAACUUCACAGAAGAUGGGUGGUUUUCAGUAACCAACAUUGUAAAUGUCAAGAAGCGAACACACAAGUGGAAUUGCAACUACUACAAGGAUCCAUUGGAUGAAACUGCAUGUCAUGCAUGUGAUGCAUGACAUGGUCUGUGCAGGCAUUUCAGAGAAAGGUAUCGAAGCCGGCAGCUGGUUCUGCAAAAAAAUGUUUGAAGCAUGACGGAUGACCUAUGUAUUAUGCACGUAUGGACCUUCCUAUUUAUUAUAUAUCCACCUAUGUAUUAUGCAUAAAAAGUGGACAUAAAAGAAUAAAGCUUGGGGUGUUCUAAU